UUAAAAUUAGAGAAAUGUUGAGAAGUCCCGAUUAAGAAAAUAAAUUAGAAUUUUCGUCCCAUCUAAAAUUUUAAGAAUUCGUCGAGAGUUAUGAUAGAUUUGUUACUUCACUUGCUAAGAAUUUAAGUUAUUCACUUCAUUUUUGCCAGCACCACAAAAAGUUCCAUGUCGCUCCUAUUGCGCAAUUACGAAAGUGUUGUAUUUUAUCGGGUUAGUAAUUCUUUGAGUUAGGUUUCUCGUUCCAUUGUCACUUACCAAACUGUAGUCUUUCAUUGGAUUCGUAGAGUCAUGUUUCUCGUUCUUCCCCACCUACUAAAGUAUCGUCUUUCAUUGAUUUCGUGGAGUCGAUUUUCUCGUUCCACCCCACCUACCGUAGUGUAGUCUUUCAUCGAUUUCGUAGAGCCGAAGUGUUUAAUUCCACUCCAACGGGGCAGGUGGCCACGAGUCAAAAUUAGUUUCUUAAUUAUGUCUACGGAUCAUCAAGACAAUUCACCAACUUCUUCAUUCCAUGAAGUUAUGACAGCAAACACUGAUAUUCCAUCAGCACAUAAGAAAAGAGGUGGGAGGAAGAUAUUCAAGGAGACGCGCCACCCCUUGUACAGAGGAGUACGGCGGAGGAACAGCGGCAAAUGGGUGUGUGAAGUGCGUGAACCAAACAAGAAAUCAAGAAUCUGGCUUGGUACAUUUGCCACCCCAGAAAUGGCAGCUAGGGCUCACGAUGUGGCGGCAUUGGCCCUGCGGGGUGGAGCCGCCGCCUUGAACUUCAAUGACUCUGCUUGGUGCCUCCCCAGGGCCAAAUCUUCAUCCCAUAAAGAUAUACGAAUUGCUGCUCUUCAAGCUGCUAAAUUUGCACCACCAUUAAUGGAAUUAUCUCCUCGUUCUUCCUCUAAUAAUUCACUGAAUUCUUCGAAUCUAUCGAGGGAAAAUCUCAAAAUAGAACCUCCCAAUACGUGGGCUGAUUCAUCCAAUAUUGAAAUCGAGUUCUUGGACGAGGAAGCGAUGUUUAACAUGCCAGGAUUGCUCGACAGCAUGGCGGAGGGGAUGCUUCUGACUCCACCAGCUAUGAAGAAUGGAUUUAGUUGGAGUAAUGAUGUUGAAAAUUAUAGUGAUUUCACUUUGUGGAGAGAUUGACAUACACAUUAACUCAUACGCGUUAAGUUAUUUAUGAGGGAGUUUAGUAAAAUCUAACAUUUGCAUC